AUGGCUCAGAGAGAACAGGCCAGCAACGAACGGACGGACUCCGCGUCCGAGAGUGAGGACGUCAUCGCCGUCGCGAAUCCAACCGCUGAUGUCCCGGUGUUCAAAUGCGACUACUGUGGAAGCACUUUUGGACGCCAGGAGCAUCUCACUCGGCACAAGCGGUCGCACACCAGAGAAAAGCCUUUCUCAUGCUCAGCAUGCGGCAAGAGCUUCUCUCGAUUGGAUGUUCUCACUCGACACGCGGCCUCUCAUGAUGAAGUUGCAAGCGAGUCACGGCGGCCCGUGGCAUCUUCUAGGGCCUGUCAGGCAUGCGCUGUAAGCCAUUCACGAUGCUCAAAAGGGAGCCCCUGUCGUCACUGUACGGGUAAAGGUUUCGAGUGCAAAUACCCCGUCGCCCGCCGACGAGCUACUCGUUCAGCAUUCCGGUCUCCGGAUGAGAGUGCUGCGCCAGAAGAAGGACAUGAAAGCCAUCAGGGACAUAUGGACUAUUCCGACCCUGUGCAGGUUCCACAACCUUCAGGAAUGACUGAAAUGCCGUUCCCAACCCCGGAUCAUGCGCCAGAGAGGCGCGCAGUCGAAACGUCGUGGCCUCUUUCCAUGAAUCCUAUGGACAACUUCAUUCACAAUGAGGAGUUUCCCGAGCAAUCUGCUGGUAUUUCGGCCAUCAAUUGGCUCUCUCCUCAGUACUACGCAGAUUUUGAUUGGGGUAUCAUGUCUUCUACCGUCAUGAAUGCCUAUGAAGCCGUACGUCAAGGGCCAUGGCUGAACCUCCUCAACAGUCAGCCAGUCCAAACUCCGAAUGCCGCACUUCCACCAGCGUCGGUACAGCGAUUCAAUCCACCAGGAACAACGCCCAGGAGCAGACCAAAUGGGAGCACAACGGGAUCCAUAGAAUCAUCAUCUACCGCAGCGACUUACUAUGUUGAUGGUGCUCCAUCUAGAGCACCCUUCAAAGGUCGUCCGUCACAGAGGAGUCUGGUUUUGGAUAACUCAGUGCGGCCGGAUGACGACACUCCUACUCCCAGCACAGCAGCUCCAGACACCUCCAGGGAUGCUGAUGAAGGAACAGGGCUUGAUCUCUCCGUGCAGGCUUAUGAUAACCUUCUACACCACAUCAGUGUUGAACCUUUUCUUCGGGACCGCAGCGCGACACCGCUCCCAUCACUAGCCCAUGCUCGAGUUUAUUUCCGGUUAUAUUUUCAACAUUUCCACCCCGCUUAUACCUUACCGCAGAAAUCGACCGACUUCUACCAUGAGCCAGCGAGUUGGCCUCUUCUUUUGGCCGUCUGUGCAGUUGGCUCGGUCUACUCUCGAGGCGAGACCAACCUCCGUUUCAGAGACUUAUUUCUUCAACUCUUGGAAAGCGCUGUACGGUUUUACAUCUCAACAGGCGCUCUGGAUGAUGUGUUAGGGUCCUCUCAAGUAUCCCUGGCAAGCCCUGCGGAAGAUUCAAUAGGUCUAGUCAUUGCGCAAACGUCAAUUCUAUGGUUGAUACAGAACCUGCACAACGGUGUUUCCGGCGAUAGCUACGAUUUGUCCUUCCUAGUAAGGCACUUCUUGAUAAAUGCCUGCCGAAAGAUGGACCUUCUUGGUAAGCGAGAGAACUUGACACAAGUAGAGCACCAAGCGGAUGGAUCAGAUGUCCUCAGGAGGUGGGUGGGCAGUGAGUCCAGGCUGAGAACGGGUCUCAUGAUAUGGGUUCUGGAUGCUGUUGUAUUCUUGGAAAGGGGUCAAGAUGUCUUACUCAAGCUGGGUGAUGCGAAAGGCCACAUGCCUUGCCUUGACUCCAUCUGGGACCAACCUACUGCAAAGAAACUUGGACAGCAGCACUCACACAUUGAUAAUCAUCUAUUGACCAUUCCUGAAGCCAUGGAAUUGCUGUACAUGGAGAAGAGACUGCCACCGAACCUGGGCGACUUUAGCACCAUGGUGCUCACAUACGCCAUCAUUAGGCGUACCAAAGAGGCUCUAUACCAUAACCAGAUUAGGCUCAACUCGUGGACGCCGACGGCCGACGUCCAGAAGUGCGGUCCCGGCGAUACCAUCGAGGAGACUUGGCCCCCUUCACUACCUAUCCUAUCGAGAUGGCGGAACAGCGCCUGCGAUUCUCUCGAUCUCUUCCACUGGAACGCUAACGCGAUCAUCGCCAAAGCCGGUGGGUGGGAGCAUCCCGUCAUCUUACACCUACACCUCUCACGUCUCGUCCUUCUCGCCCCGAUAUCCCAUUUGCAGACUUUAGCGGCUGCCGCCUCGGCGCGAGCAUCCUCCCGUAACGUCGACAACUCCAAAGUUGAAAAGGCGAGAUCUCUCGUCGCCCAAUGGGCUCUGCGUGAUCAGUACAAAGCCAGACUGUCUGUCGUCCAUGCCAGCGCAAUGCUUUGGCACAUCCGUCGUUACAGUGUAGACAACUUUCUCGAGUCCUUUGGCAUCUUCACCGCAACAUUGGUGGUCUGGGCUUACAGCACGAUGAUGUUGUUCAUGAGGCGGCAUCAGAACUCAGGCUCUCAUUUAACCAAUGGCGGCUCCGGCCAACAAGGUAGCCCGAUGGAAGCGGUGGCGGAAGUUGAAGAGGAUCCGGAGCCCAGCUUCCUCCACCUCGACCGGCCAUGUGACGACGAGAUGGUGCAGACUUAUGUCAGGCUAGGGCAUAAGAUGGCAGGCCACAUGGCCAAGGUGGGUAAUAUCUGCAAUGACGGCGCCCCUCGGAAGAUUCUCAAGGAAGGCAUCGAGAUGCUCAAGGGGAGACCGGAGCAGAACGGAGACCCAGCGAAUAGUGUCGGGAGCGGAGGGAUAGGCGAGAAUGUCAGGGGGCACUCGGUCUGGGGAGUGGAACGAACAUACGCCGAUCUCCUAGACUCGCUCAUUCAGUCCACCUCGGACUAG